AUGGCAUACGAGCGGCGAAACAGAGGCGUAAAAUGUCACCGACUCACGUGGCAAAUACUGGCGUGUCUGGCCGCCCUUCUCUGCUCUUUGGACAAAGGCGUGGUCGGCAACACUGCUGGCAGGGCGGCUGUUGCCAUUGCGGCCCGACUGGAUCCUCUGGAUAUAGCCGACUUCGAUGACGCCUCAGCCUUGGGACUAGGCGAGGAUUUACAAGUGGCUGGGUCAAAAAAACACGAAGAACACGAUGAACAUGGUGAAGAGGAGUCCGGUGAAGAGCACCAUAGUGAGCAUUACAAGAAGCAUGGCGGCAAAGGCAAAAAGGGGCACAAACAUGGGGAGCACCAUGAGAAGGGCGAGAAGGGCCAUCACGACAAGGAGGGCAAAAAGGGUGAGCAUGGCGAGGAGGAAGGCCACAAAAAGAAACACGAACACUCCGAAGGCUAUCACAAGAAGAAGAAGAAGGGCGAUAAAGGAGAAAAGGGCAGCGAGUUCGAGGAUCAUGGCUCCUACAAGAAGGGUCACUCCAUUAAGGGCAAACAUAAUGUUCACAAGCUAAACGAGGACAAGAAAGAGAAGAAAUACUACGAUGAAGAUCAUGUGGAAGGCGGUGAAGAAAAACACGGUGGCUUCGAAGAGGCCAAGAAACAUAAAAAGGGCAGCAGCCAUAAAAAGGGCGAAAAGAAAAAGGGCGGUCACGAGGAACAUUACGGCAAGAAGGGCGAAAGUAAAAAGGGUCACAAGAAAAAGGGCCACAAAGGCCACAAGAAAAAGCACGAGGACUCCAAAAAAUGGGGUCACAAAAAGGAGCAUGGCAAGAAAGGGGGCGAAGAGCACAAAAAGAAAUGGCACAAGUCCUAUAAAAAGUCCGGUAAGCACUGA